UAUUAGGAUAAUAUAAAAUUGAUAAUUACAAUUUUAUUUGGGGGUAGAUCUAGAUUCUCAAUAAUAGCAUCUUGUUAUUAAUGUUAAAAAAUUAAAAAAAGGAAAACCGAAAAAAGGGUGUAGAAGAGUGUGGGGUGUAGUCAAGUCUAUUUGAGUUUUUCUCAGUUGAAAAUGUCAACUGCAUAUGUUCCACCACACCAGAAACCUCCUAACCCACCUCCAACACAAACAACCAUUCAGAAGAUGUUGGAUGAAAAUACACAACUCAUACAGACUAUUAGUGAUUAUCAAAUGAAAGGCAAAAACAAUGACUGUAUUCAGUAUCAGCAGAUUCUUCAUCGGAAUUUGGUUUAUUUGGCAAAUUUGGCAGACUCCAGUACCAAUGUUCAUGCUCUGCUUCCUGCUCCUGGCAAUCAAAUGAGUGGUGGGCCAAUGGGUCAAGGAAAUCCAAUGAGACCACCACCACCUGGAGGACACAUGGCAGGAGGCCCAAUGGGUAACCCAGGCUAUGGACAACAGCAGGGAAGUUUUGGCAUCCAGAAACAGAAUAUGAUGGGUCAACAACCCCAGCAAGGAAUGAUGACACCGAAUCAGCCAAUGAUGACCCCAAAUCAGCCAAUGAUGGCACAGAAUCAGCCAAUGAUGGCACAAAAUCAGCCUAAUAUGUCGCAGCAUCAGCCAAUGAUGGCACAAGGUGGAGUCAGUCAAAUGUCACAGAGUGGCAUGGGACAGAACACAAUCAUCUCCCAAGGUCAGCCCAUGAUGACACAGAACCAACCAAUGAUGUCACAGAACCAACCAAUGAUGUCACAGAACCAACCGAUGAUGUCACAGCAGCAGCCUAUGAUGUCUCAAGGUCAGCCCAUGAUGUCCCAAGGUCAGCCCAUGAUGUCACAAGGCCAGCCCAUGAUGUCUCAGAAUCAGCCCAUGAUGCAACAACACCAGUCUGGGAUGAGUCAGAGUACAAACACCAUGAUGCCAGGAACUCCUAAUCAGAUCAUGCCCAACAGACCUAUGGGACAACAGGGUGGUUACCGCAGAGCUCAGCCAGGUCCGCAGUUUAAUAAUCAGCAAAACUACCCCCAGCAACAGUUUAGUGGGCAACAGCAGCCUCCCCCAUCAGGUCAGCAGCCACCCUACACCCAGUCAGGACCCCAAGCUAACGUGUCAACAUCGGCUCCACAACAAAGCCAGUUUCUCCCUGGUCAGCAGAAUCAAGGCAAUCCCAGAGGAUAUGCUCCAUACAGGCAGCCUGGGAUGAUGGGCCCAGCUGGGAUGAUGGGACAACAGCAAGGGAGCAUGAGUGGACAGCCUGGUACACCCCCCAUGGGACAACAAGGAAGUAUGCCAGGUGCUAUGGGGCAAGCUAACAUGUCUAAUCAGAUGGGGGGACCUCAGAACCCACCAGGUCCACUGGGCGAUUUAGGGCAGAAACAAAUUGGUGGGCCCCAGAACAUGCCAAAUCAGAUGACUGGUCAGCAAGGCACAAUGUCCAAUCAAAUGGUAGGGCAGGGAAGUAUGCCAAAUCAGAUGGGCAUGCAAGGGCAGAUGGGGGGCCCACCAGGAGGGAUGAACAUCCCCCAAACUAUGUCUAACCAGAUGGGAACAAACAGUAUGCAGGGCAACAUGCCCAGUCAAAUGGGGCAGAUGCAAGCUGGUAUGGGUGGUCAGGGAAGUAUGCCUAACCAGAUGGGAGGACCCCAGGGCAACAUGUCUGGCCCACAGGGUGGCAUGUCCAAUCAGAUGGGAGGACCCCAAGCAAAUUCCAAUCCAGCUCAAAUGGGCAGCCAGCAGAAUAUGGGCCAAGGUCAGAUGCAAGGAGGCUAUGGGGGUUACAACCAAGGCCAAUAUUAAUCUGUCAUUAAUGAUAUAAACCCUUGUACAUUAUUUGUCCUGCAAUCUUAUUGCCUUUAUCAUGUGGAGAAGUGCAAUGAUUCUCUCACUUUCCAAAACUUUUUUUUUUUAAAUUGAAUUUUUUCCCUCUAUUUUACAAUAAUGUUGAUUGUUAAAUAAAUUGUUCUUGAAGGAAUCAUUGUAUUUUGUACAUUUAUGCAGAUGUCUUUAUAUUGUUGCGCUAAUUGGUAUAGUCAAAAUUGUACUUCUAAAAUUAACCAAAACUUUUACAUUAUAUGUCUAUAGGUUUUUCUUUUUAUACCUUUGUUUUAGUUCUAUGAGACAUCCAAGUAAUGUAAUGUAGGCUAAUUUUUAAAAAAUGUUACUGCAUUUUGAGCUGAUGCUUUAAAAAGCAGCCUAUAUAAAAAGCUAUUUGUAAAGCUUUAUAAAAUUAUUUUCUAAUAGUUCCUUCAUAUAUCAUUUUACUUGACUAAAUCAAUAUAUCUUUGGUUUUGGCUGUUGCUAACUUUUAAUAAAUCGUAUUAAUGAUUUUAGCAUAGACUAAAAUAUGUACUUUUGAAAAUUACAAAAUCUGAAAUAUUAAUACUCAGCAUUUACAUUUUUGUUUAUGUUAAGUAUGAAGUUGUGUUCCCAAACAAAUGUAAAAUUAUAAUACUAAUGCUUAUCAAUGCUAAAAAAAUGUUGGCUAUCUGAAGCUUCGACUGAUGUCAGUAAAUGUACAUAGUUAUCCCCUCACUGGAGCUCAUAAAAAUUGUAUUUUGUAACUUUUUAUAUCUAAUUUGUUUGUGUAAAUCUUUUUCAUUUUAAAAUUGAAUAUUAUGAUAGACAAAACAUGCUGUAGUGCUCUCUGCAUAUUUUCAAGUGAAAUGUCUGUUACAUUUUGUACUAACCAGCAGAUUGUCAAAACUACCAGUGUGCCUUUGGUAGUGUCCUUAGUUUCAACUGUUGACCUAAAUCCUGAUAUGGCAGUCUUGCACAUUUUUUGUACUUAAAAUGUAUAAAGUUUCAAUGACAUUUUUAUCCAAUUUAUCUCCUUCAGAACAUGGAAACAUUAACAGGUACCUUUCAAAAAUUAUUUAACAAGCUGAGUAACAUGUCAUUGCUGUGGUUUAUAGACUAACUUGUACUGUUUCAUUUUUCUUUAUGUCAGUAUUUUUAGCUGAAAUUUUUAAUGUAAAUAUUCUCAUGUUAAUGUCAUUACUUGCAAUGUAUGCACUGUGUUGAGUGUGUGUUCAAAUGUAUCAAAUGAUGAUCAAAAAAUAACCACAGACUGGAUAACUAUUUUUAAAAUAAUGGCAUGCUGUUUUACAGAAAAUAAAAAAGUCAACA